AUGUAUGCUCAUGUUAAUAUCGUCCUUGCACCUUUUCCUUCUUUCUUCUGUUCUUUUGCCAAAUCGGAUGCAGUGAUUUUACAAAAUAACAAUGUUUUGGCGUGGCAUAAAACACCAACGACUCCAGAUAUUCACGAUGGUGUUGAACAAGCAAUUGCUGCUGUGAUAAAAAGUGCUCAGAUCUCCAAGGAUAGUAUAGAUUUUAUCAAGAUUGGGACGACACAAUUUGUGAAUGCCGUCCUCGAACAGAACGGUACCAAAUUAGAUAAAGUGGCUGUUAUCCGAUUAUGUGGUCCUUACUCGAGGGGCUCGCCACCAUUUGUUGACGGAACACCAAUCUCCGAAGUAAACAUUGAACAACUUCGGGAACAAGCUUCAAUAAUCAGAUCGAAAUCAAUAUCAAGCGUUGUGGUGAUUGGCAUCUACUCACCAUCCAAUCCAGCCCAAGAAGAGUUUGCACGACGAAUCCUCGCUGAGGAGUUAGGGCCACAGUACGAUGUCUCAUGUUCACACACGAUUGGAAGAAUAGGAUUCCUUGAGCGCGAAAAUGCUAGCAUUUUAAAUGCAAGUUUGAGGCGGUUUGCUCGUCAUGUCAUUGCUGGAUUUGCACAUGCGGUAAAUGACCUGGGGAAUGCCAGACUUUACAUUACACUAAACGAUGGAACUUUAAGUAAAGCAUCAAUAGCUGCAGAGCAUCCUGUCCGAUGUUUCUCUUCUGGUCCGACGAAUAGUGCAAGGGGUGCUGCACUUCUUGCGAAAAAUGAGUGUAUGAACCUUGAGGACGAUAGCGAAGUUUUAGUAGUCGAUGUUGGGGGCACUACCACUGAUAUUUGUGCUCUUCUCAAAUCUGGUUAUCCCAGACAAUCUGCCGCCUUUGUAAAAAUCGCAGGUGUUCGGACCAAUUUCACAAUUCCUGAUGUUUACAGUGUUGCAUUAGGUGGUGGAUCACUUAUACGCACCAGAAAAUCGGGGAAAACAACAGUUGGUCCAGAUUCUGUAGGACCAAGAUUAGAGAAGGAGAGUAUCGCAUUUGGCGGGCAAAUUUUGACGGCUACCGAUCUUGUAUUGUCAAACGAGAGAACCGAAAUGAUUCCCGAUGAACUUAAAAGUGGCGGACAUUCGGAAAUCCAGCGUGCGUUGGAAGUUGCAAUUGAUCAAGUGAAAACAAGACAAGGAUCUGCUACCGUUAUUCUUGUGGGCGGAGGUAGCAUUAUUGUGGGGACGGAUAUUGCUGGAGUAGGAAAAGUAAUUAGACCGCAGUAUUUAGAAGUAGCAAAUGCGGUUGGAGCUGCUGUUGGAAAGAUCAGUGGACAUGUUGACACGGUCGUUACACCAGGAGACAAAACUGUAGAGGAACAUAUUGAGGAGGCAAGACUACUCGCGAUUCAAAGAUGUGUUGCUGCAGGCGGCGACGAAAAAACGAUCGAAGUUGUUGAAAUCGAAACAUUACCUAUAAACUACGUCACAAAUGGAGCCACACAGCUGGUCGUUCGAGUGGUUGGUGAUUUACGAAGCAACGUGGAAAAGGUUCGAGACUUAGACACUGUUCCAAUAUCGAUAUCGAAAUUCAAGCCCAGACGGGCAGAUUCCGGAUAUAGCGCAAGUGGCUUGGAUAGUCCUGUUGAUGCAAAAGCGUCAACCUACGAAAUUCUCGAACACAUUGAUGUAGAAUCCUAUCGUCCCCGGAUUGAGGGUGAUAUAUGGCAUCUUUCUGAAAUUGACCUCAAAUUUCUCAUGGAUGGUACAGGGGUACUGGGUGUUGGAAGUUGUGGUGAACCAUAUCCCAGUUACAUUGCUUGUUUGAUGGCACUUGAGAGUGGUGAAGGUAUAAGGAUUAGGCGGCAAGAUACUAUUCCGGAUGAUGCAUUGAUGUUUACUUCUGGAUUUAUGGGAUCACCGACAGUCUACCUGGAACGUAUACCCGGUCUAAAUGAAAUUACCGAUACAGUGAAAGCUCUCAUGUCAGCUACUGGCCAUUCCUCAUUCGACGCAACGAUACCAAAUGAGAUUGGUGGCAUGAAUUCAUUUGAAGCCCUUCUCAGUGCCCAUCGAUUUGGAAUACCUACUCUCGAUACUGAUUGUGUAGCACGAGCAUUUCCUAUGGUUUGGCAAACGGUAAGAUGCCUGAAAGGUGUUCCAGUCACUCCGGCUGCUGUUGCCAAUGGAUGUGGUGGUACCGAGGUAUUCAUGAACUCAGAAGAUGCUGAGGAAGCAGAAAUUCUUAUGCGGGAUGCAUGCACAAGACAAGGUUCCUUAUCCGGAAUGGUGGUUAACCCUAUAAGUGGCAAAGAAGCAAGGACACUUCCGUCUAAUAGUUAUUCAUGGGCAUGGCAAAUUGGUCGGUCAAUCGCAAUUGCUCGCGCCAAAAAGGUCGAUCCAGUCAAAGCUCUCAUGCAAUCACAAAACGGGACAUUACUAUUCACCGGGAAAGUUGUCAGUGUCACGAGAAAAGUAGCGGAAGGAUUUACUAGAGGCAGUGUUUUGUUGGAUUAUGUUGCUGACUCCACAUCAAACACGAUCGUUGGUGAUGAAUCCGCACCAUCAUUAUAUGUUGAGUUCGAGAACGAAAACUUAUGUGCCAUUCUGAAGACACCUGGGAAAGAUGAUGUUGUUUUGGCAGUUUGUCCGGAUUUAAUUGUCUUUUUGGAUAUUGCAAAUGGGGCACCACUUGGAAUAUCAGAUUAUAAAUAUGGACUUAGACUUAGUGUCAUUGCUUUAAAAGCGCCGGCGGUCUGGACUACAGAGGAGGGAUUAAAGAUGGGAGGACCAAGAGCUUUUGGUUUGGAUAUGGAUUAUGUUGGUGUGUGUGCGGAAAGUGAAUAUGAAGCUCCAAAGAGUGUUUGGGAACUAUUUGGGGAUGAGGUCGAGAACAAACUAUAA